UCCGGCACCUCUGGUCACCGCGGACGGCGUGGGUGAAGCACUACAGCCGAAGAACCUCCACAUUCAACCGUUACUUUUCCAAGAGCCAACCGAGGAAGAAAAACAACUUUAAACAAGGUCAGUCUAUCCGAAGCAGUGAUGUCGGCCAAAGCCAUCUCCGAGCAGACGGGAAAGGAGUUCCUUUACAAGCACAUCUGCACGUCUGCGGCUGUACAGAACAGAUUUUGCUACGCCAACGUGACUCCUGAGACUGACUUCGAUCGACUUGCACAAGACCACCCAUGGCUGCUCACAGAGAGGCUGGUGGUGAAACCAGAUCAGCUCAUCAAGAGACGAGGAAAGCUGGGCCUUGUGGGCGUCAACCUGGACUUGAAAGGCGUCAGAGAAUGGCUGAAGCCCCGCCUCAUGAAAGAGACCAUGGUUGGAAAAGCAAAGGGUAUCCUCAAGAACUUCCUCAUUGAGCCAUUUGUGCCCCAUAAGCAGGAGGAGGAGUUCUAUGUUUGCAUCUAUGCCACUCGGGAGGGCGAUUAUGUGCUGUUCCACCAUGAAGGCGGGGUGGAUGUGGGAGAUGUGGAUGCUAAGGCAAAGAAGCUGCUGAUUGGAGUGGACCAGAAGAUCAGUGAAGACUCUGUUAACAAAGUACUCCUGACAAAUGCCCCCAACGACAAGAAAUCGGUGCUGGCCAGCUUCAUUGUUGGACUCUUCAAUCUGUAUGAGGACCUGUUCUUCACAUAUCUCGAGAUCAAUCCUUUGGUGGUUACAAAAGAUGGAGUUUAUGUGCUGGACAUGGCAGCCAAGAUUGAUGCCACAGCGGACUACAUCUGCAAGGCCAAGUGGGGCGAUGUGGAGUUCCCUCCACCCUUUGGCAGAGAGGCCUAUCCUGAGGAGGCCUAUAUCGCAGACCUUGAUGCUAAGAGUGGAGCCAGUCUUAAACUGACCCUGCUCAACCCAAGAGGCAGGAUCUGGACUAUGGUUGCAGGAGGAGGUGCCUCUGUCGUGUACAGUGACACAAUCUGUGACCUUGGUGGCGUCGAUGAGUUGGCUAACUACGGGGAGUAUUCAGGAGCUCCAAGCGAGCAGCAGACCUAUGAUUACGCUAAGACCAUCUUGUCUCUGAUGACGAGAGAGAAGCACCCCGAUGGAAAGGUUUUAAUCAUUGGUGGAAGCAUUGCAAACUUCACUAAUGUAGCAGCAACAUUUAAGGGGAUUGUGCGUGCAAUCAGAGACUAUCAGGGGCCGCUAAAGGAGCAUGAGGUCACCAUUUUUGUCCGCCGUGGGGGGCCAAACUACCAGGAAGGUCUCCGAGUGAUGGGAGAAGUUGGAAAGACCACGGGGAUUCCCAUCCACGUCUUUGGCACUGAAACUCACAUGACUGCGAUUGUUGGCAUGGCACUGGGCCACCGGCCAAUCCCAAACCAGCCUCCUGUUGCUGCUCACACUGCCAACUUCCUCCUCAACUCCAGUGGCAGCACAUCGACCCCAGCAUCCAGCAGAACAGCCUCUUUUUCUGAAAACAGGACUAAUGUGGAGAGUUCACCAGCCAAGAAGGCUAAAACAGGAGGUCCAAUGGCCAAGGCGACUACCCUCUUCAGUAAGCACACCAAGUCCAUAGUGUGGGGUAUGCAGACCAGAGCUGUGCAGGGCAUGCUGGACUUUGACUAUGUGUGCUCUAGAGAUGAGCCAUCUGUUGCAGCCAUGGUCUACCCAUUCACUGGAGACCACAAACAGAAGUUUUAUUGGGGCCAUAAAGAGAUCCUCAUCCCCGUGUAUAAGAACAUGGGUGAUGCCAUGAAGAAGCAUCCAGAUGUGGACGUGCUCAUCAGCUUUGCUUCCCUGCGCUCAGCCUUUGAUAGCACCAUGGAGACCAUGCAGUACCCACAGAUUCGCACCAUUGCCAUCAUUGCUGAGGGAAUCCCUGAAGCUCACACCAGGAAGAUCAUCAAGACUGCAGAUGAGAAGGGGGUUACGAUCAUUGGACCAGCAACUGUUGGGGGAAUCAAACCAGGCUGUUUUAAGAUUGGAAACACAGGAGGCAUGCUGGAUAACAUCCUCGCCUCCAAGCUCUACCGUCCAGGCAGCGUGGCCUACGUUUCCCGCUCAGGAGGCAUGUCCAAUGAACUCAACAACAUCAUCUCACGCACCACCGAUGGUGUUUUUGAAGGUGUGGCCAUUGGUGGGGACAGAUACCCUGGAUCUGUGUUUACUGACCACGUGCUGCGCUACCAAGACACACCUGGAGUAAAGAUGAUCGUCGUGCUGGGAGAGAUUGGAGGCACAGAGGAGUACAAGAUCUGCCAGGCUAUCAAACAGGGCCGGAUCACAAAACCAGUGGUAUGCUGGUGUAUCGGCACCUGUGCCACCAUGUUCUCCUCAGAGGUUCAGUUUGGGCAUGCCGGCGCUUGUGCCAACCAGGCAUCUGAGACAGCAGUAGCUAAGAAUAAAGCUCUGAAGGAGGCUGGUGCAUUUGUCCCCAGGAGCUUUGAUGAGCUGGGAGAAAUCAUUAAAUCUGUUUACGAUGACCUUGUUGCCAAAGGAGUUAUUCAGCCAGCUGAAGAGAUGCCUCCUCCCACUGUGCCAAUGGAUUACUCUUGGGCACGAGAGCUGGGCCUGAUCCGUAAGCCUGCUUCCUUUAUGACCAGUAUCUGUGAUGAGAGAGGUCAGGAGCUUAUCUACGCAGGCAUGCCAAUCACCGAGGUCUUCAAGUCAGAGAUCGGCCUCGGAGGAACUCUGGGGCUGCUCUGGUUCCAGAGAAGAUUGCCGAGGUACGCCUGCCAAUUCAUCGAGAUGUGCCUGAUGGUGACUGCAGAUCACGGCCCGGCUGUUUCUGGAGCUCACAACACGAUUGUUUGUGCACGAGCCGGCAAAGAUCUCAUCUCCAGUCUCACCUCAGGGCUCCUCACCAUCGGUGAUCGCUUUGGAGGUGCUCUUGAUGCUGCAGCAAAGCAGUUUAGCAAAGCCUUUGACAGCGGCAUGUUGCCUAUGGAGUUUGUCAACAAGAUGAAGAAAGAUGGCAAGCUGAUCAUGGGCAUUGGACACAGAGUGAAGUCGAUUAACAAUCCAGACAUGAGAGUCCAGAUCUUGAAAGAUUUUGUGAAGCAGCACUUCCCCUCCACCCAGCUGCUGGACUAUGCUUUAGAAGUAGAGAAGAUCACAACAUCCAAGAAACCUAAUUUGAUCCUGAAUGUGGAUGGCUUUAUUGGUGUGGCCUUUGUGGAUUUGCUCAGGACUUGUGGUGGUUUCACACGGGAUGAAGCUGAUGAGUUUGUGGAAAUAGGAGCUCUGAAUGGCAUCUUUGUCCUGGGCCGAAGCAUGGGAUUCAUUGGACACUAUCUGGACCAGAAGAGGCUAAGGCAGGGUCUGUAUCGACAUCCCUGGGAUGACAUCUCCUAUGUGCUCCCUGAGCACAUGUCCAUGUAGUAAGAGGAACAAAACUGGAACGUCAGCCACUUUUCUCCAAGUCCUUCAACUACCAUUUCCAUGCCCACACUGUGAUCAGUCGCCUUUAAACUGUAGCAUAAUAAAGAGAGGAUGUUACUGUUAAUAUAGAUGCCAAUAUUUAAGAGAAGACUGGAAGAGUGUGUUUUUAGUUUUUGAAAUCUAUCAGUGCUGCAGUCAUGUGUGUUUUGGUGAAGCUCAAGUCGGAAUACAUCAGGGUCGAACAACGUGUUUAGAGACUUAUCAGUCACAAAAUUAAAGUUAGGGAUUAAUGCACAUGGUUAGUCAAGUUCUGCUCACUCUAAAUAAUACUUCACUGUUGUAUUAACCAAGCAUGUGUGUUUGUAUCACAGACUGUUGUGUCUUUGUGCAGCUCUCAACAAUGUGCCAUUGAGAAUCAUGAGCUUGUAACAGAGGUUGAACAUUUAGUGCAAUAAUGCUAAUAAUAUAUAACAUACUGUAGAUCAGAGCUUUAUUUAUGUAUAGAUGUAUUAAAAGUAAGAAUUAAAUGGUACAAAAUAUUUUUAAACAUCAGUCUUCACACUGUGGAAACCAAUGUAUGAGUCAUUCCCAGCAGAUGCUGCUGCCCCCGCUAUAUUCCUUCACCUGUUAUUUUAAUGAAUAAUGCCACUGAAGUCAUAAACCCAUUGAUGCAGUUAUGGUUCUACCCUCUACCAACAAAACAAAAAAUGAACCAGUUUUUCAGCAAAAUACUGUUUUGAUUAUGUAGAUCAAAGAAAAGAGGUUAUCAUCUCAACAUUUCUGCAUCAGCCCUUUAUCAUAUCAAACCAUGUUUACUGUGAAAUGUCUUUAUAGUUUUAACAUUUUCAUGUUGGACGCUGCUGUUUUUAUUUGUUGUUCCAUCUUUACCUUUUUGAAUAGUAUCAAAUAUACAACACAGACAUUAUGUAGGUCUUUAAAGUUUUGCAGAUUUUCAGGCUAUGUUCGAGCAAAAUUGUUUGGUCAGCUAUGUUUUAAAUGGCAAAGAACCACAUAAUUAAUGCGGUCUAAAACUUUAAUGGCUAUUAUCAGUAAAAUUAUCUGUUUCAAAGUUCCAAAACUACAAAAAUUCUGUGGAAAAACCAUGCCUUCCCCAGGGCUGUCAUAAUGUUCAUGUUUCUAUUGUUUCAAUGUGAACUUGAGGUGCCUCUUUAUUGAUGUGUUGUUUGUUGACAGCCAUGUA